UAUACUUAAAGGAAGUAUACUAUCCGUACUAUCUACUACGUUAAUUUUUCAGAUGUGAGUGCUGUUCCAAAUCGAGUACUCCGUGGUGCACUAACCGGAAAUUACGAUCACGACUGCCGCCGUGGCUCCUCCCCCGCAAUAAACAUCCCGCUUUGAAAGGUGAACUCUUUACGCCUAGCAGCUAUAAAAAACUAUAAAAACUAAAAAAUGACUCUAUUAAUGCAGGCUAUGUGGAAAAUGCGCCGACUUUGGCUCAGCCUGGCUCCGACUCUUCCGCUACGUAUACAUAUGUGUAAUCCAGCACAUAUAAAGACGGGGACCAGAAAAUAAUUACUUUCUCUCCAUUGAAACCCAUUCAUAUUUUUCGAUCUCAGAGGUCCCAUGAGGGGCCUACCGGAAGGGGCGAACUUACGAGCUCUAUGACGCUGCUCUCGAGCGACAUAUAGCUAGGACUGCUAAUCUUACAAGCAUUCUCAAGAUCGAUUGUCGGCAGUAGUUCUAUUCAUUCUAUCGCUGUAACUUUUCUCUCGUGUUGCUAUGGACAAGUUGUUUGACCUGGAUCUCCGUGACCCCCGCACAGAAGGAAGACACCUUGCCGUUGGGUUGAUGCAUGACCAAUUCCUUGCAGAAGCCAUGGAGGCUGCGGAGAAUGUCAAUCGGGCAAGAUCUGGAGGGGAUUCACCACGGAGCUCAACCAAACGGAGCGGACGCGGCAAGGCCAGAGGGAGACGUGGAGGCCGUGGAGGCCGUGCGGGCCAUACAGGCCGUGCAGACCGAUGGAGUGGCCUAACUACAGGCAUGGACACUGAGGUGUUGGCACUUCCUUCAGAGGAUUCCUUGCCCUUACCCAGAGCACAGCAAAAUCCUCAAGAGAUGUUUGGUGCAGAGAGUGCCUUCCGGAGCAGUGGUUUUGUGGGGCCUGCGACAUGCAUAACCACAGCAAACGGCCACUCCACAACAGGGACAGCGUGGUGGAUGGCUUCUUUAAAGCCAUCCACAUGUAUCUCAAGAGGAGAGACUGGAAUAUAUGCCACACAUGAGCAAGAUCGCAUUUUACCCACAAUGCCAGCACAGCACUGCACCUGCCAGGUCCCUAGCUUCACAGUGGAAGCUGGGAAACCAGUCAUCUUGAUUACCAUCAAUGGGCGUUAUGAUUUGCAUUUGCCACGUUAUGUGUGCCAAACAUGCCUGCAGCAGUGGGCCCCUGAUGUGAGAGACCUAGUCAGGAGUGGAUAUUGGCCAGCUUCUGCAAAUGCUUCCACAAUCUACACGGUGGACCUCAACACCUUUCAGGAGCUGAAGUUGAUCUCACCUGGAUUCUCCAGGCAAGCCCUUGCAAAAAUGCUGGAACAUCGCACACUGUGUGCAGGAAGAUCUGGACAGAUCAACGGGGAUGCCCUGCAGAGGAGCUUUCUUGAGUUUGCAUACGCCUCCUUUGAGAAAGACCAGCUCUGCUGUGAUACCCCUUUCACCUGCCCUGCCUGCACACCUGAAAUGGUAGCAGUGUCAGCAGAUGGCAACAGGAAGCGUUAUCGCUUUGGCCAUACUGGAAGAUCUAAUGACACUCCCUUUUUUGAUGGGCUAUUUCUAGCCAAAGACAGUGAGGUGUCUGAUUUUGUCAACACAAUACAGAUGGCGGUGAAGAAUAUAAAGGGGAGAGGCACAUGUGGAGACUCUCAAAGGGGCAGCAGCAAGGGAGACCUCUAGGCGGGCCUCUAAACUGGAUGAGGAAGGCGUUGAGGUUGCGGUGUGUCGGCAUGGCUUCCUUUUAAAAGCACUUAACAUGUACCGAGGAGAGAGAUAUUUCCCAUCCUUGCAACAGAUAAAAUGGAGUGGUCGGAACCAGAAGGGAGCAGGCACAACUGCCGGUGAGGAGGUGGAGCAAAUAAACAGCUACCUCUCCCGUUGUGCCCUGACAACAAAGUACAUGUCAAAAGCAGCACGUGUGGACAUGCUCACUGUGCAUGCAAUGGGUUGGAACCAUCACAAAGCAGAGACGCUACACAAGGCCCUCUCCACAAGAUAUGUGAAGACAUCUAAAAGGGCAGAAGAAGAGGCAGAGAGGCUGUCACAACUGCAGAAGGACCUGCAGUGCUCAAAUGCAAUGCAGGUGAGGAGGUGGAGCAAAUAAACAGCUACCUCUCCCGUUGUGCCCUGACAACAAAGUACAUGUCAAAAGCAGGUAAGUCACUUUGGUCUGAGUUUAUGCUAUCAUCUAAUAUUGCUCCGCACCGAAACUUGGCCCGGUCGGACCCCGAGGGCAGGAAGGGGGUCCCAGUUAGGCCCUAGAAUAAGGUAUUAAAAUUUCAGGGCGGUAGGACCUUCCUAUCUCAAAAACUGUUCUUCCACCAUAUUCUGAACCAUUAGGUCUUGCAGGCUACACUUCUGAGGGGCUUUGUCCAAAUGACACUCCAUUUGGGAAAACUUUUUUUCUCUAAGGGCUAGAACUCCAAAUCUCGGAUAUGUCGUACACGGGGCCCCCGGAAAUGUGUGUAAACAUUUUAGCAUCCCUAGCUAUCUCGAAAAGGUCGGCAAAGGGGCGUGACCUCCAACAGUACAGUAAAUGUACAUAAGACAGAGGUUAGUUUCUAGUCCCCAUUUUUUGUGGGAUGGAGGUGUACAUUUGUGGCUAAAGGUGUGUAGACACAGCUGGCCUGUGGCCACGUUUUUGAAGUCGGGGGUCAAAAGGUCAAAAGGAGCCGGCACCACGCCGCUUAUGAGAUAACAAAAAGUUAAUGUGUGUUUCUCUCAUAACUUUUUGUCAUUAUUAAAGAGAGGCCUGAUUCUCAGAUAUGCAUGUUGGAUGGCUAGGGUGUAGGUUUGGGUAGAACUUCAGACCAAAAUCUUGCAAGCGAGCCGCUGGGUGAGGUGCAACAAGAUGGAGCACUUGCUGAGUAAUUUCUUGUAGGGCCGGUGCGUAAGAGGGCAAACAAGAUGUCCUUCAACAUCUACGCUUCCAGGCGAUUGCAACGGUGCCACACAUGAACACAUUCAAACAUGUUUAAUGGUAGUAAUUAGCUGUCGAAAUUGGAGGCCUUAAUCAAUAAUGACCAGCUAUUGAUUUGCUUCCCGAUAAAAGUUUGUGACAAAUGACAUGUUAUUUAGCAUCUACACAUUGAGCUGAGUCCAAUGACACAAAGCAUGACACUCCACGGCCCUACACGGCCCCCUACACUACAUGGCCCCUGUAUUUUACAUGGUACACCUAUGGUCUAGGACAUGAUCUCUGUGUGGCACAAGGUCGAGCUUGAUCUCAUUGGACUCAGCUGCUAAUGUAGAUGCUAAAUAACAUGUAAUUUGUCAGAAAACUCCAUCGGGUAGCAAAUCUAUAGCUGGUUAUUAUCUAUAAAGGCCUCCAAAAUCGACAGCUAAUUACUACCCUGAAACAUAGUCAAAUAUGGUCAUGCAUGGCACCGUUGCAAUCGCCUCGAAACGUAGAUGACAAAUGACACCUUGUUUGCCCCGUUACGGGAAGAUAUUUUCAUGGUAUAUCUUUCUAUUUCCUAACCAAGCUCCAUUGCCGUCUUUAACCAACGUGGUUUGACGAGAGUCACGUGACGUUGACGCAGGCCCAUUGAAAAGAAAAGGCCCAAAAAACGUAGGCAUGUCACAUGUUUAAAGCCGUUAUUGUAAUUAAUUAAUUUAAUAUUAAAAUAUAGGCUAUUAUAUGUAUACAAUUAUUACGUCGUGUAAUAUUCUAUCUAUAAGUAGACCAUAACUUUUAUUCAAUUAUCGUUAUAACAUGAUCUGUAUCUGACCAUUGAACAUCUUUAACCAAGUUCAGGUAUAACCAGACCAUAUAACAAAUAUUUAUAACAUAUAAACUAGGCUAUACGUAUAGCAUAUCAUACAUUUGGUUACAGGCCAAAUUCGGUAUAAAUGUUACCCUCUGCUGGCCCACAACUAGAUCGUCGCGUCCCUAGCAACCUGACGUCUUUGAAACAUGCUAGGGAGACCAUAAAACUAACUAUCGAACAAAAGAUCAGACACAUUCACUGACUGAAGAUUAUGCAAGUAAAAAGUAUAUUUCUCGCUAGAAAUGUUAUUAGAAACACGUUUAAUGGUCAAUCUGUCCUAGUGUGUGUGUGUCUGUCUGUCUGUCUGUCUGUCUGUCUGUCUGUCUGUCUGUCUGUCUGUCUGUCUGUCUGUCUGUCUGUCUGUCUGUCUGCCUGCCUGCCUGCCUGCCUGCCAAGAACAAUGAGGUACUCCCACUCUUUUAUCCCUGCAACCAUCAGGUUACUAAAUGAUGACAAAAGUAAGGAGUAGGUGGAGAGCACACCAGUGUUUCCGGGGGCAGGGUGGUUGUUACUGACGGGCUGAAAUGAAUUGUGAGUUAAAUGUGUGUUGGACUGCCUUUGAUAUAUGUUUUUGUCUACCUCCUAUUGCUAUUUAUUGUAUUUAUUAAGUAAUCUAUUAUGUGAGACUGGAAACUGUGAACGAAAUUGCCCAUUUUGGGAUAAAUAAAGUUUUCUAAUCUAAUAUAUAUACGUAACCAUUUCCCCCAAAUGCUGGGAGAACGUAUCGACCCCUAUUGGUGCUAUUCCUCCAUUCAUUUAGAUGGGCGGAAGAAACGUGUAUCUCUUCACGCUUUGGUCAGGCAUAGCGUGACACUGAACACUCCUUGCGAGGUGGACCAAUGUAUCUAUUUCACGCCUUGGCGUGAUACCGGGUUGAACAGACUGUUCUGUGUUUGUGUGGAAAAAUAACAUCAUUACACGGUUCCAUAAAAUAACAUAAUCAGCAAAGACAAUGGUUUUAUUUCCAUGCUUUAAACGGCAUUCGGGCUGCUAGUUUCAGCGUCCAUAGCAACCAUCACAGGCUUAGCCACCAUGUUUUUCUGUCGAGACAAAAUACGUUUUCAGACAAACGUAAUUGAGAAUGCCGAAUAGUUCUCUGGGAACGUAAUUUUCAUGAGACAGGGUUGUCCUUUAGGGCUUCGGCCUCCUAAUUGAUCAUUGAUCAAAACUCUGCCCAAUCCUCACCUUCUCUGACGCAGAGAAACUCGUCCACGCCUUAAUCCCCUCCAGGCUUGAUUACUGUAACAGCCUUCUCAUCGGUACACCCUAUAACACCUAUGGUCCUUAGAUUAUUAUUAUUUAUUUUAUUGUGUUAUUGCCCUUCGUGUUUUGUUGUAGCACUUUGAGAUUAUUUUUAUGAAAAGUGAUUUACAAAUAAAAUGUAUUAUUGUAGUAGGCUAUAUUUGAAUGCCCUUUCACAUAUAUGAAACCACCACCACACCAUGGUUGGUUUGACGUAGCAGCUAACUUAAUCAUCCAAGAGAAUCUGGUGUUUUGGUGUUGAAUAAAGAUCUAUCAGCACUAUAUUUUAAUAAUCUGUUGUGACUAAAUUGACAUUCAGUAGGCCCUGCUUGCACUUGUAUGUUUAAAAUCAAUAUUUUCUAUACAAUAUAGCCAUUUGCAAUUAUACCUGGAUGCAUAUCUUAAAUACAUUGAAUGGAUUAAAUACUCAAUUAAUUGCUGCUACUACUCUAUUACCUAGAGACCCUUCAGCCCACAACUUUUGAGUUACUUUAACUUUACCCACCAUGUACUGCCUACAGACUGGAAUUCAUAUUUAUAUUAACUGUUGUGUCCAUAUAUAUAUGUGUGUGUGUCAUUAAGCUCUUAGUGACCACAUUUGAAUGGCAGGGCAAUCAUGUAUCAGGAGUAGCACCACAUUCUAGAAAGACUGAAAAUAUGUUUUUAUUUGAAGAGGGCAGGGGGACUAAUUCAAAUCUUUUGGCUGCCAGGACCUGGCCCACUCCUUCCCACUGAAAAGAGAACAAAUAUAUCAAUGAACCGUUUUGUGAUGAUUGGUCGAACUCCACUUACAUAACACACCGUAUAUACCUACUUUAUAUUGAUUCUCAUCUAUAAAGGCAAUUACAAAUCAAGCCCAAUCUUUGCACAUUUUUGUUCUUGAGCAAUACCACACUUUCAAGUCAUUUUCUAAUAAUUCAAGAUCUAAUAAUGUAAUAGUGUAUGACACAUAAGAAAGGGAAUGAUGAAACCACUUGAUAGGAAAUCUGGUUGGCAAGUGUGUUUGGUGGAAGAACUACUGUUAAACGUUAAAAUAGCAGCAGCUAUUUUGCACCAAGAUGGUGCAAAAUAAUAUGGUAUAAUAUAGAAUACUCGGAAAAGCAAUGAAGUGGUUUAAAAAAACCCAGUGAAACAAAGAAACCAAAUUAAAUACAUACCAAACUGGGCAAGGCUGCCAAUCAACAAGGACUUCUUUAAUGCCCUAUCAAGGAAAGGAACCAUAAAUUCAGUAGUAAGAUAAUAAAUUCAGUGUUAGCCUAUGAGUUUGAUAGACAAAAUGCAUUGACGGUACUAUUCCAAAAUAUUUAUGCAAAUUACUUGUAUACAUGAGUAAAUUACAUUUACAGUAUGCACUUAAUAUGCAUGCUCAUGAUCAAUCAGCGAGAAUGUCAUUCCUACAGUUAAUCACGCAUGUGUUUUUGCUGGGUCUUUAUGGGUCUGUCAAACCUUUCUCAUCCUCUCCUUCCCGUAACUCCUUAUUUCGAAGGAGUCACGACCAAUAUGGUAGGGGCAAUCUGAAAAUAUAAAAAACAUGUUUUUCACAACAAAACCAUCUAUGCUUAUCCACUGGCAAAUAUAAAAUACCGCAAAUAUAAAAUCAAUAACAGUAAUUAUUAAUACUGUAUUAAUGCUGUAAUCGCUGCUAUGAAUACACAGGAGAAUAAUUUACAAUUCCAUAAUUAUAAAUUGUGUAAAGGGUUUGUCAGUGCUCUGAUCGUUACAAACUAUUUCAUCUUACUCUUUGGUAAAGUCUUAUUCCUUUUUUCAAGCCCCUUCUGGCUGUGAUGCUCUGUAGGAAAGAAAUGUUGAGGUAUUCAAACAAAGACUCAAAUGGUCAUAACCAACAUUCUUAUUACAGUCCUUUUUCCAAAAUAACUACAAUAAAUGUAAUGCUAUGGUGAAAAGAAUAGUAGUCAAUUAGCAAUUCGAUCUGUACAGAC